CCUGGAAAGGGGGCCGCCUGAUUAAACUGGUCUCAGCUGCUUCUCAGCUAUAAAGAUAUGAGGAGCCAAACAGGCAAAUAGAGCUACAUGUAAUUAUACCCAGCAACCUGACACACCAACAUAAUGUCCAUGUCGGGGAACAUGAGUCUGAGUCUGGAUUUAAAUGCAACAUCAUUCAAGCAGAGAAAAUGUCUAGACAGCCGAAUACAUGAGGUAAACAGAGUGAGGAGCCGAUUUCCCUACAAGAUCCCGGUUAUAGUUGAAAGAAGCCCGCAGGAAAAGCGGUUACCUCAGCUUGAGAAAAUCAAAUUUCUGGUACCCCCUGAAAUCACAAUGGGGCAGUUUGUCAAUACUAUCAGGUGCAAGCUCCCAUUGCCUCCCUCACAUUCCCUGUGCGUUAUGGUCAGCGGGCGUCAGGUAGCAAGUUUGGCAAUGACCAUGUCCCAAGUAUACUCUGAGAACCGUGAUCAAGAUGGAUUUCUCUACCUGUCAUAUAUGUCACAGGAUGUGUUUGGAUGAAGCAGCAGCUGGGAAUUUAAUAAAGCAGACACAGAAGGGUUAAAGAAGGUCAACAUGGCCUCAUUUUCAUAAGAGUCUACAGAAUGUGGAAUGAAGGCCACAAAGUGAUGCUUUUUGGAACUCUGUCAGAUCAGGGGUCACAAACACCCUGAAGAGCGAGUAACAAGACGGAGAGACAUUUUAAAUAUAUUAACCACAAUCCACAUCAGGAGGCUGCACAAAUACACACUAUAAAAAACACUGCAGUAAACAUCAUCAUCAUUCUUGAUUAGGCAAUGUUUUAGCGUAUUCUAUUAAAAUAACUGUAUAUAUAUAUAUAUAUAUAUAUAUAUAUAUAUAUAUAAAUAUAGGUUUGAUACCAACACAGUUAGGACAAUGGAGGUAAGAAAAUGAAGAUAAAGUGGAACCCAGAAGCUCUUUUCCACUUCUACACAUUUGGUCUAGGUAGGUCUAGAACCCAUACAGAAGAAGCUGUAACUAUAGCCUUUUUAAUUACAUUAAAAAAUAUAUCUUUUUGCUUUUUAGCACCUUUA